GUCGGCAGCACGCGCUGGGCGGAAACAGUGGAGAGAAGUUGUGUGUGUAUGUUUUCUGACAUGGCAUGAAGGAGUGGCUCAAAACUUGUGUUCCUCUCUUUUUUUCUGUAGAUGCUUCAUGAUGAUGAUUGUUGCUGCAUUUGGUUCGUAAGCGCAGGACUUGGAAAAAAAGACGCAAACCACCGGACUCAGUGAGAGGAGGUGACAACAAGGAGAAAAAAUGCCGGUACCUCCUCCACCUCCCCCUCCGCCACCCCCCACCUUCUCUCGGGCAAACACUGAGAAGCCUGCCUUGAAUAAAUCGGAGCAGCAGGGCAGGAAUGCUCUGCUGUCAGACAUCAGCAAAGGAGCAAGGCUAAAGAAGGCGGUUACCAAUGACCGUAGCGCCCCUAUACUUGACAAAGCCAAAGGUGGUGGUGGAGGUGGGCCUGGAGGAGGAGGAGGAGGAGGAGGAGGAGGUGGUGGUGGAGGAGGGGGAGGGUUUGGAGGUGGAGGUGGGGCUCCAGCUGGUCUGGGUGGGCUCUUCCAGGGAGGCAUGCCAAAGCUGCGUUCCACACGAGAUGACUCCAGUAAUGUCAGGCCUCCACUUCUGCCACCUGGUGCUCGUGGCUCUGGUCCACGGCCCUUCGGAGGAGGAUCUAGCUCAGCCCCUCGUGCUCCUCUGCAACGCAGUGAAUCCGUUGACCCCCCUCGCCCACGAAUGACCCCACCACGUCCUGAAACACCUGGAGGACCUCCUCCACCUCUUCCAAGUGCUCCACGGCCCUUUCAGAGUGGGGCACAGAGCAGGGGACCACCCUCACUUCCAGGGACUCCUCGUCUUGGUUCCGCACCAACCCCUCCACCUCCAAACCCUCCUGGGCGACAGUCUGCACCUCCACCGGUUCCAGCUGCAUUUGGUCGUCCUCCUACCAUUCCUUCGCCCUCAGCUGGUCAUGCUGGACGGCCUCUUCCUCCCCCUGGUCGAGGUGAUGACCGUCCUCCACCUGUUCCCCCUGCAAACCGUUCUUCUUUGCCACUCACUCGGGACACCCCGCCCCCUCCACCUCCACCAUCAGCAAGUAGUAAACCAACACCUCCUCCAGCUCCUGCUCCUGCCUCUCUGCGGCCACCUGUUAGUGGAGCACCUCCUCUGCCUCCAGGACGCCCAAAUCCAUCUCCUCCUGAGGAGCAUACACCACGCCUUCCUGAACGGAACCUGUCACUUGGCUCACAUCCUCCUGCCCCUCCACCUGGGCGAUCCGGACCCCUUCCUCCACCUCCUUCUGAGAGACCACCCGCAUUGGGCCGGAAUGCAGGUGGACGAACAGGCCCUCUUCCACCUCCACCUCUUUCUAGCCGUCCAGGAGGAGGAAGUGUGAGGUCAUCACCAGCCCCUCCUCCGCCAAACAGACCAGGUGUGGAGCCUCACCGUGGUGGCAGUAGACCACCGCUACCACCAGACAGACCCUCCUCUGGACCUCUGCCCCCUCCUCCCCCACCUAUGGGCAAUGGAUACCACAGUCAGGGACAUCAUAUAGAUGAGUGGGAAUCACGCUUCACGUUUCGACCUGUAUCGGAUCUUCCACCCCCAGAGCCCUACAUUCCCUGUCAGAAGACCUAUCCUAGCAAAUUGGCCAGGAACGAAAGCCGAGGUUCAGGAAAGAAAGAGCGAGGUGCACCUCCCCUGCCCCCCAUACCUAGGUGAAAGAAACUGUUGUCUCAGGGCCUGACAAUCCUUCCCAUACCCAAUUAUCUUAUUUUAUCUGGUACUGUCUGUUUUUUGAUGUUUUAUGCCAGAGUCAUUCAUUACAAAAAUUAUAAAAGAACUAUAAAAAUAACAACAUAUUGUGUUAUAUUACAGACAACAUAUCUUUUAUACUAUGUUGUUUUUGUUUGCUUUAGAGAUGAAUACAUAAUGGCUAUUAUGAGUAUGUCAAGUGAUGAGCUCUACAGUGAUACUACAGCUAAGUUUGACUUUAUUUUUGAGUAUUUUUCUAAAUAUGAUUAGUUGUUGCAGCAUUUCAUUGGCCUUCAGGAGAGUGUGAAUGUUUCGGCUUUUUGGCUGUCACUUCUAUUAUUCUUGCUAUUGCAGAUGCACUUACGUCUCAUACAGAAUAUCAUAUUUUGAGAGAAAAUGCAACAGUUCUCUUUAAAGUAUUUUUGGUGCGUUUUGGCGCCCCCUACCUUCCUGUUUUCAUACAACACAGUGGUUAUAUAGCAUUGACAU